AUGUUCAACAUUUCCACCCUCCAAAUCUUGAACGUAAGCCUCAAUGGCCUGACGGGGACCCCUCUGGAAGAUGUUGGCCGCUUUACGCUUCCGAAUCUUGAGAUGCUAUACCUGUAUCAGAACGGCUUCAGUGGCAAAAUUUCACCUUCUUUGGCUAAUUUCUCAAAACUGCAGGCUCUCCAUGUUGCCCAAAACAGCUUUUCUGGGAGCACACCGACUACAAUGGCGACGUUGUCGCACUUGAGUCGGUUGAUUUUGAUGUCCAACAGCCUCACGGGCACGGUACCCACAUCCAUUUUUAACAUCUCUGCUCUCCAGGCCCUAAGCCUUGACAGUAAUCGCUUCACGGGCCACCUUCCACAUGAUGCCGGCUCCAUGCUUCCUAAUCUCCGGCAAAUCUUCUUGAACAACAACAGUUUUGAUGGGCAGAUACCUGCGUCACUCGCCAACGCUACGGGGUUAGAGAUUAUUUCUUUAUUAAAGAACGAGUUUAGUGGUCCUAUACCCUUAGAAUUGGGCAGCUUAGUGCACCUCAGGACUCUCGCUCUUUCAGACAAUUUCUUGACGAGCAUGCCUGAUUCCGCCGGCAUUUCCAUUAUUACUGCCUUAACCAACUGCAGGCUUCUACGGGUCUUUGAUUUCUCAUAUAACUCGCUGAGUGGCACUCUGCCCACCUCCGUCGGCAACUUAUCCGCCAACCUCAAGAUCGCCAUGCUGGGGAAAAAUGAAAUCAUGGGCACCAUUCCUCCAGAAAUUGCCAACCUAACGAAUCUGUAUCUAUUGGACUUGAGUGUGAACAGGAUAAGUGGGGUCAUUCCAUCAAAUGUAGGGAAGCUGCGUAACCUGCAGGGACUCGCUCUUUAUGGUAAUGGAAUCGAGGGGCUCAUCCCACCUCAAUUUUACCAGAUGGUUGGCCUUGUUAGAGUUGACAUGAGUGGAAAUUUAUUGUCUGGGCCAAUAUCAAGCUCAAUAUCCAAUCUAAGCAAUUUGCAAGGAUUAGACCUUCAUUCAAACCAUUUGUCCUCAAUCAUUCCGCCAAGCUUUUGGCAGCUUAAAAAUUUGGGAUUCGUCUUUUUGCAGGACAACUCUCUUACGGGGUCCCUCCCAUUGGAGAUUGGAAAUCUAGCCAAUGUAUACCAGAUGGACUUCUCUGCAAAUAAGUUGUUUGGAGAUUUGCCUGCAUCCUUGGUGAAUCUUCAAAUGCUUCAAUAUCUGAAUCUCUCUAACAACUCAUUUUCUGGACAUAUCCCCCAAAAACUUGAAACAUUGGUGGACUUGGAAGCACUUGACCUUUCUCUUAACUAUUUAUCUGGAGAAAUUCCAGAGGCGCUGGGGCGAUUGAGAAGUAUCAAGAGCCUGAACCUAUCUUUCAAUCAAUUGGUAGGACAAAUUCCAAAUGAUGGGAUCUUUGCCAACCUUACUGCAGAUUCGUUUGAGGGAAACUAUGGCCUUUGUGGGGCUGCGAGGUUUGGGGUGCCAAGGUGUAAUUCCAACAAGAACGAGCAACACAAGAGAUCUAACCGAACUGGAAUUAUUGUUGCAAGCGCAGUUGGAAGUUGUGCCUUCCUCUUUGUUGUCGUCCUGCUCAUUAUAUCAUUUCGCGAAAAGGCAGUAGCUCUAAAGCAUGACUUGGCUGAAUUAUUUCCCGGAACCAACCAUCCAUUCAUCUCGUAUAGAGAGAUUUUACAUGCAACAAACAACUUUGACAAUUCUAACUUGAUAGGAAGUGGAAGUUUUGGCUCCGUUUACAAAGGAAUCCUUUCUGAUGGGACAACAGUUGCUGUGAAAGUGUUAAACCUGCGGUUCGAGGGGGCAUUGAACAGCUUCAACAUAGAAUGCGAGGUCAUGAGCAAAGUUAGACAUCGAAAUCUUUUGAGAAUUGUCUCAUCUUGCUCCAACGAAGAGUUCAAAGCUUUAGUUCUUCAGUACAUGCCACGAGGGAGUUUAGACAAUUGCUUAUAUGGGAGCGCAGAGAGCCUGAAUCUUCUACAAAGAUUGGAUGUCAUGAUUGAUGUAGCAUGUGCCAUGGAAUACCUUCACCAUGACUUUUUUGAGCCUGUUCUUCACUGUGACUUGAAGCCAAGCAAUGUGCUUUUAGAUGGCGAUUUGACAGCGUACGUUGCUGAUUUUGGUAUUGCAAAGAUGUUGGUUGGAAGCAAGUCGUCUACUCUUACCGAAACUCUCGGCACAACAGGAUAUAUUGCUCCAGAAUUUGGGUUGAGCGGAAAGGUAUCAACUAAAGCUGAUGUUUACAGCUAUGGAGUUCUUCUCCUAGAGACGUUUACAAGAAAAAAACCUACAGAUGCAAUGUUUGCGGGUGAUUUUAGCUUGACUCAGUGGAUAUCGGAAGCACUUCCUGAUGCAAUUCUAGAGGUUGUUGAUGGAUGCCUUCUGAACGAGUAUGGCAGCAGCAGCAGCAGCAGCCACAAUGGGCAGCAAGAUACCUUGAGAUCGAUCACCAGAAACGAGCUUCUUGUGUCGAUCUUGCAGGUUGGUUUGUUAUGUUCAAGGGAGUCUCCAACAGAGAGAAUCGACAUGAGGCAAGUGGUAGCAGACCUAAAGAAGAUCAGAGAAAAACUGAGCAUCUUAGAAACGGCUAACAUGGCGAGACACGUCCCUCUUUGAAAGUUUCUUGCAGCAGGAAUGCCUUUCUCUAUUGAUUGCUCUGUUUUUGUAUCUGCUCAAGAAGGCGUUUGCUCAUCCUAUCGGCUGUCAUAUACCUUUUUCUGCUCUGUAUUGAAGAGCUCUUGUACCUCAAUGUCUGCCUCUCACGCCUAAUGUAAACAGCACGUC